AAAAUUUUCCCAAUGCACCAACAAAGACAAAACAAGUCCUAAACCAAAAACACACACACACACACACCAUUUUUCUUCCUAAAAUCCCCUCAUUAACAAGCUCUCAAAACCGCCGUCGUCCCAAUGGCAAAUACCGGCCACUCUCAGCCCACUUUUCCCCUUCAUCUUUGCUUCUUCUUCCUCAUCCUCCUCAUGUUCUUGUCCUUCUCUUGGUACUCCAAUUACGAGUCCGCCGUGGAAGACGUUUUCGACCAACUCAAGCUCCUCCUCAUCGUCUCGCCUCUUCUCCUACUCCUCCUCGUCCACUGGCUCUCCAACACCAAAAACGGUCACUUGCCAUCCCUCAUCCCCCUACCGGAAAAAAACUCACUCCACCGCGCUGGAGGAACGCCUUGGGGCGUGGGGUUUUUGUUGGUUCUUCUUCUUUUCAUGAUCUCUUAUCAAUCUUACUUCCAAGAACGGUGGUUUCCUCUCUUGAGCCGGUGAUGAUCCGAACGACAACAAUCAACAACCCAUCGUACGUUUCAACGAUGGAAUAAUAGGAAUCUUACUCUCGUAAAAUUUUCUACUACUUUCUAGUACUGAAUUUGAAAGUAUAUUAUUGUAAGUGCGUGUCUUUGAUGCAGUA